AUGCCCGAGGUAGACGCCCUGAUCAGGGCCUACCGCCACCUGCAUGGUUUUCCCCGAGCAAACGAGGCUUUGCAAACCCUCAAGAAAAUCGCCUCCCUAGUGAAGCCGAUCAUGCGGGCGCGCAACUGGAAGAUCUUCGAGCUGACAGAGUUUUUCCCCAAUGAGGGCCAUCUCCUAGCCUUUCUUCCUUUUGAGGAGGUCGUCGACACGAUGCUGCACGAGCUCUGCCAUAACGUCAUCAGUCCUCACAACUCGUCCUUUCACGCGCUUUGGAACCAGCUACGCGAUGAGCUCGAAGCCCUGCUCCAAAAGGGCUUCACGGGCCAGAACUUCCUAUCCUCCGGGCAGAGACUUGGCGGAGGGAGGAUGCCGCAGCAGGAAAUUAGAAGGCUGGCACGUGAAGCAGCUCAGCAGCAGCAGGCAGUACUAGCCCGGCAAGGCUUCUCGCGCCGACUCGGGGGCGAGAUACAGAAUGGUUGGAACCAUGUGCGCGCCGCCGUGCCCCCAUCAGCGCGGAGACAUCAAGAAGGAAGGAGGAUGUGCAGUGACAAAAUGACAGAGCGCCAGAUCAUUGAUCUGACGCAGAGCGCCAAGGAUCGCAGCACCAUGACAGCAGCAGAGGGGGAGGAAGCGAACGAGGCGGCCAUAGCGCAGGCCUUGUGGGAGAUGACCCAGGAGGAUGAGAAGAAGGCACUCGGCAAAGACUACGCUGCACCUUCGCAGGAAAACCCUAUGGGCAGCGGUGGGAAGUUGGGCAUGGGCGACAGGUGGUCGUGCCAUGUGUGCACGCUGGUGAACCCGGCAGCCUAUCUCUGCUGCGAUGCAUGUGGUAGCGAGCGUUCCGCCGGUGAUAAGAUUCCUGCCAGCAACCGUGCCAGCAACAGCGGUGGCACGCCGCGGCCACAGAGUCCAAGUCCAACACCACGGGUCCCUGAGACGGUGGAUCUCACAGCCUCGCCGAGUCCGCCUCGGCCGGCAAACAAGAAACGACGUCGCAUGGAGGAUCGGCCAGCAAUGAAGCCAACAAGAAGGACCAUGCUACCGCCGACAUGGAGAUGUGUGUGGUGUAGCAAGGUGAUGGAGCAGCAGUGGUGGACGUGCACGUUCGCGAGCUGCAUGCUCAUUGAGCAAAAUGACUUCAUGGCGCCGAGGGCAUCGUCAUGCCAGAGAGACUGGACUGAACACGCGGUCUCGAACCAGGGCACCAUGCCCGACGCAUGGGUUCUCAGCGGGUGCCGGGCGGAGGCUACAGCACUCGCGCAGCCCCGCACAGCAGCAUUGUCCGCUGUAACUUAG